AUGACAAUGCUGGAUGGAUCAAAAAGUGACAGAUGUCAGCGUACUAUACCUAGGGGUCGUUUUGCUCUUGGUACUAUCUACGUCAAGCAGGGGUCAGAAGGCGGGGUAACAUUUUGGAAGUUGGGGGCCGAACCUAUGGUUCGAAUAGUGUCUAACAUGGCCCCUCAAACCAUCAACAUCAACUACACCCCCGAGGGGCGCCUCUCCCUCAUAGACAAUACUACAGGAUCACCACUUUACCAUGUCAAAGUCACCCGUCAAAGCCCGCAGAUGGAGAUGAUCCGCUUAAGCCCAGCGUCCAGUCAAGAAGAUUCCAGCUUUCCGGCCGACGAAGAGGCGUAUCUCGCGUCCCGUGUCUCGACAGCGCAGUUCAAAAUGUCCAGUUUGAAUGUGAAACUACGAAUUCGCGACCACCACGAUAUUGAGCUGAAGAGGAAGGGUAUACUCUCUACGAGUUACUCGUUCUCCUCUCCCGCUCUCACUGCAGCAGCGAUUGAUACAACACAGAGGACACUCUGCUGGGAGGCUGAUGACACGGACAAUACCCUGGGGGAUUUUAGGUUGGUUGUCGAUGCGACGGGCGAGGUAGAUCGGAGGGCCCUCGUGCGGUUUCGUAACCGGGCUUUUUCAAAUGAGCGUGUUGGGAAAUUCGAGUUGGAUAGUGACCUUGAUCAACCACUGAAGGAUGAGGCUGUGAUAUCGGGACUGGCGAUGUUGGCAAUGGUUCAGAGCAUGAAUCUAGCAGGUAUGGUCAUGUUCAAGGGCGCUUGA